AUGCAGGAGGUUUCACUUCAGAUUGUAGCAGAAGUGGAAUCAGGGAAGGAAGGGGUGAUUGUUGAAAAUGCUGGUGAGAUAAUUGCUGCACAAGGGAAGGAAGUAGGGCAGGAUGAAGUUAUUGCUGAGAAUGUGGGAGGCAAUUCUAAGAAGGGCAAGGAAGUAGUAGUGGAUUCCACACCUCCAGUCACGCCGAGUGCUCUCCCCUCGCAGGAGGAGUUCAACAAAGUUAUCAAUGGAGCAAAGUCGAGGUCCCUCCCAAGGAAAUCUGUCCCUAUACUGAACUCAAAUGCUUUUGAACUGCUCUGUGGACGUGACAUCAAGUUACAAGCACCUCAGAAGAAACAAGGAGGACGUGAGGGGCUUAGGAGUAAGGGUGCCACUAAGGUGGCUACCAACCAUAAAUGA